UUCCACGUACUGUGAGUGCACACGGGAAAAUAAAUCUUGGGGUCGCAUAAGGCGAUAUAUACUAACUUGAUAAAAAAAAGUUACUUUGACCUUUGUACUGCUGCCACAAAAUGACAAACUUCAUAACGUGAGACAGUGAUUGUGAUUCAGCAGUGAAUUCGAUUCCCCUGGGCGCAGCCUCAAAGUCUCGCUGCCGAGCUGACAGCCCGUUUCCCUCCCCUCCCGCGGGAGAACCUGCCUCUCCUCGGUUCGGAUUCCAUUCUCGGCUCCGUGUUGUUUACGAUGAGCUGCACCUUGUGAUCGGCUGGUCUGGAACUUUCCACUGGUGGCAGCGGGACUGAAGCGGCUGCGUGUUACGGUCUGAAAUGGUGGAGCCCUACAGAACGCAAUGAGUAUUCCUUCCAGGGCUAGUUAACCGUAGGGUGGCUGACUCAGGACAUAUGGGACCAGGGAAUACUGAUUUCUGGCCUCCGAUGCGAGGCUACCAGGUCUUAGCGCCACUCCGCUGCCAGGCACACUCCCACAAUUCGAAGCCAAAGCACGUUCACUGGAUGCAGCGUGGCCUGCUGAAACUUUACGAGCGUUUCUAUGAUGUUGAAAACCUUUUCAAUUGGAGCAUGGCCUUGAGAAACUGGAACCUGAGGAGGAAAAAUGCGUACUACGGGUACACCCAGAAAACGUACGGCAUUUACAUCGCAGCGGCCUACUACAUCCUGAGCCAGCGAGGAGCAGUGCGCUUUGCAGGGAAGGACGAAUGGAUAAGGCCAAACAAAAAGGGAAAGUUCAGCUGGGACUUCCUCAACUUCAAAGAGGUCCCACUGGAAGCGGUGGAUGCCAGCGGCUGCUCGAUAACCUACGACGGAUUGGAGAACUUGGUGGGCUUGAAGGAGCUGAAGUACCUGCAUCUCAACAACUGCCCCUACGUUGACGACUGGUGCCUGAGCCGCCUGCACGUCUUUGGAGAGUCGCUUGAAGAGCUGGGGCUGGCAGGUUGUCCCAGGAUCACGGAGAGAGGCCUGGCCUCGCUACAUCACCUGAAGAACCUCAAGCGCCUGGACCUGUCGCACCUUCCCUUAGUGAACAACCGAGGACUCGUGAGGAUUCUGCUGGAGGAGACCCUUCCGCGGUGUGUAGUUGUGGGGAUCGAGUACGAAGAUGGAUUGUUACCACAGCCCCUUCCCGGACAGAACGAUCCCUCUCCACAUUCAAACAAGCAAUUGGGUUGGAGCGAGCUUUCCUGACGGACACCCAGCAGACUUAAUGCAUUUUGAAGAGGUUUCAACAUCUCCCUGGUCUGUUCCCCAGCACCAUCAGCCUGUUCUCAAACAAGCCACAGGAGGGCAGAGCAGGAGCAGUCAGUGAUAACUUUGUUCUUUUAAAGUGAAUUAACUAGGUUGGUGAGGACUGAUUUCAAAUCUGUGUUCCAGCCUUUAAUCACAGGAGAACUUAUUGUAGUGCUAACCUUAAUCAAUCUUAAAUUAAUCAAUUUCUUCCCUAAUUAAGUUUUUGCCUCAGUUUAAGUCCAAUCACUCGUUUCAGGUAUCUGAAGUUAUUUAAAAGUUUAAAUUUUUCUUAAAGAUUAACUUUAUAUGUCAGCUGUACAUCGAAACAGUGAAUUGCAUCGUUCUGCGUCAAUGACCAACGCAAUCUGAGGUCGUGCUGGGGGCAGCCCGCAAGUGUUGACUUGCUCCCGGCGCUAACAUAGCGUGCCCACAACCCACGAGCGCCAACUCUAAACGUACGUCUUUGGGCUGUGAGAGGGAAACAGGAGCACCCAGAGGAAACCCCCAUGGUCACGGGAACGGCGUACAAACUCAGAAUUGGAUUCAGGCUUAACACCGCAGGCAUAAUGUCGUGAAAUUUGUGGUCUUUGUGGCAACAGUACAAUCAAAUAAAUGAUAAUAGGGAAAAAAACUGAAUUGCAGUAAAUAUAUAAAAUCAUUAAAGCAGUGGAAUAAUAAAAAUAAAGAAGUAGUGAAGUAGUUUUCAUGAGUUCAAUGUUCAUUUAGGAAUUGGAUGGCAGAGGGGAAGGAUUGAAUUGAAUUGACUAUUUCUUACAUCCUUCAUAUACAUGAGGAGUAAAAAUCUUUACGUUAUGUCUUCAUCUAAAUGUGCAAUGUGCAGGUCCACCUUCACUGAUCUGACUACCUGUAAUCCAGUUCCUUGGAUAAUCUGGCACUGAUUUCAAAUUUCCCGGGCCACCGUACCAAUCUGCUACGAAUUGUUUUGGUUGCACUAGAUCUGUUCACGUGUCGGCAUGCUCUUCUAAGCACAGACAGGUGAUUCCUGCUUGUUUUCCUACAUUUAUUAAUAUAAUUUGCGUGAGGCGCG